AUGCUCAACCGCCCCCAACCUGCCCACGCUGCCAGCGGACGUCCCCGGCUCCGUUUGGCCCUAUGGGGCAGCUUCGCACCAAAUGCGGCACCCGGAAUACACCGACCGCAGUCUCCUCGUCAGAUUCUGCCUCUUCCAACCACUACCGAAUUCCCAUUGCCAUUCUCCUCCUCCUCCAUUGCCUCAAUAUCCACAACGGCGGUUGCUUUACCCACCACCACUGCGCACAAUCCCGACACACCAACAAACAUUAACACCCCCACUGUCAACGCCAGCGAUGUGGACUCUAUCCAUACUUGUACUUAUUGCGACCGCACCUUCACCUUACACAUCGGCCUGGUCGGUCACUUGAGAAUCCACGGUACAGAAACUGGUGAACCGGUGCCUGGAGCAUCAACAUACACCAGACGCAUUCCACUCAACUGCCCUCACUGAACUCGCACAUUCACCCACCGCAUGGGCCUAUAGGGCUACAUGCGCAUUCGCGAAAAUCUGCGGUAUACAACCGCCGGCUACACCACAUCAUCACAUCUUCCCGCACCUACAGCAUACAACAUCAUCACCCACCACACUCAUUCAUCUGCCACAUCCCACGCAAGUGGGAAGUGUGUGUCUCGGCCGCGUCUCCAUACGCCCCCUCCCGCGUCAAGCAUCGUUACUCGGAAGAUUGCUGACUGGCGUUCCAAAUCAGUCGACGCAGUUUGCCUAGUUCAGUGUGCGUUUCUGUGGAGUGGCGGUCUGGUGGGCUGAGAGUCAGGCUGAAACGGCUCCCUCCCAGCGUGACCUACGGCACUCUCACGCAUGUAAGAUGUACGCAGAUCGACCUCCGUUGUGUGAAAUCUUGGUGCUUCUGUUUGCGUCGCCAGGUCGUGCAUGAAGCGCGCGCAGACAAGGACAGUAGAUAUUUCAUUCACCGCGCCCAUCCGCGCACUUGUCAACUGACCGGCUCAGACAGUGGCUGGGGCCUGCGACUGGAAAGUGUAAGUGAGGUCGACGAUGCAGCGCAUUUUCCUCACUAUAAACAACCUGACGCUCUUGAAGCCCUUAUGGUGUUUUCGAUUAAAAAAUAUUACUGAAGCAGGGUUAUAAUAUUCGUCAUCAGGUAGCGUCAUGGAAAGAUAUUUCAGUUACAUCAGGAUGCCAGUUAUGUGAACGAGAUUUUCUCCGGCCACUUGCAAUAACUGCAUUCUGUAAAAAUGGCUACUUAUGUAGAACGAUUUUCUUUCAUUGAUUUUAGGCCUAUUCAGACAUAUUUUGUAGGAAACAUGCAUAAAAUAUUCUUCCUUAUGCUUAUGUGGUGGCGAAAUCAUAUUUAUACGUGAAAAGGAGGUAUGUUUCGCUCGGUUGAAAAAAUAUUUGAGUGAUAUGUGUUACGUAGCUCCAACUGAUGAACACCAUACUGUUGGAGAUCGGCUUAGGGGUUAGGGUUAGGGGUUAGGGCAACGUUUUCUCAACCACUCAAAGUACAACUGCGCAUUCCCAUUAGCUUUUCUUUUGCAUACAACCACUUGACCUCGUCGCCUGUGUGUAGCCGCCCACACCUAUAAAAACCCCUAUUACCAACCGUCCGGUAUGACAGGUUGCUGUGGUUUGUUUACUUCAGUUGGGGCUACGUAACCACAUCUGACCAAUAUUUGUUCAGUUCCCGAAUCAUUUGGGACCCAACUUCUGUUACAUUUGCUUCAUGGAUCUAGACUACUUAAGUGAAAGGAAAAGUAUACGUUUCUACACGAUAUCUCGCGGACACGUUAAAGAGCUCAUAUGAAUUCCUGAUUAGGAAGAAAGUGCUAAAUGUCAUUCCGCAGAUUCUUCACAAUAAUAACCCUAAAGGACUACGAUACAUUGAGAGUUAGAGCUACAAGCUGAGACGAUCGCACCGGCCGUCGUCUAAAAUUGGCUUGUAACAGGCUGUUGCACAGCACAGUUUCUUGAAAAGAGAGAACGAAUGGGAACUGACCACCAGCCAGACACAAAUUGAAAUAUACUACCCAUAGUCGAUCGGCAUCAAAUUUACAAGACCCCGUCUGCUAUUAGGUAGAACUUACGUUUCUUAAACACCCACGACCAACUCAUAAUUGCAGAAGGAUAAAUUAUUUGGUCACGCGAAAUAACUGGUGGAUUCGAAAAGUCAUUGCAAUUAUUGAACUGUAUAUCAGAGGCGAAGACUUUAAAAAGGCACAUUAUUUGGGAAUUGAAAAAAACUCGUGAAUCUGCCGUGCAAAUGAUACAGCUUACCUAUGUCUGGCGCAGUCGAUCCUAAUUAACCGAUGUUUGGAGACAGCGUAUAGGCGUAAAAAGCUCUAAAACUAGAUGCUACUCGCAUUUCAUGACCGAUAACGGGACGGAGAGCGCGCGCGUUGAUGUCGAAUAGCGUGCGGAGGUGCUGCAUUGCUCAUAAUUACCAUCUUUUGCACCCUUUGUAUACUUGCUAUCAUCUGGAGUCUCAGACGUCAUCAACCAAAACAAGGACUGUGCAUGAGGUUGCUGGGGAUGAGAAUAAUUUGAGACGAUACGACUUCCGGUUUCCAACAACGCGUCCAAGGAUCAUCACGAGAUCAAGCACUUGAUGCCGCCGUCGCACAGUAUGCAGUACUUCCAGUCCCUUAACAAGGACUCUGGCAAACUUUGCGAGGCAUUCAAGCGAGACCUCUUCCCCACCGAAGUGCCAAUAACAGCUGAAGAGAAGGAUUUUCCUCUCGGUUUUAUCCUCGCUGUGUACAAAAUCAUUAAUCAGGUGGCGCGUCUGAUACGUCUCAUAUAUCCGCCACAAAAUUUCUACGUCAUUCACGUGGAUAGAAAGUCACUACAGGCGUUCUAUGACGCAGGCCAAGAUAUCGUAAAAUGUUUCGGUGCCAAUUUUGGUGUAGUCCCUCGAAAUGAAAGUGUCAGUGUCGUUGUGGCGACUAGCCAUCCUGACUGGCCCGGAGUCAUUGUUCAAGACCUCGCUGCCUCAAGGUCAUUCAUCCCUUGCAGCGAGCCGUCCCAGACGAGGUGACCUGAAGUCACACAACCAACAGCUCGGGCACACAUGCGUCCGCGCAGUCGCAGCUGCCCAUGCGGCCACUUGAACGCGCCAUCCCCUGCAACCAGCGGAACAAGCCACUGGGACACCACCCCUCGGCAAAUGCAACACGCACGCUGACUGGCCGCCACUUGAGCUUGGCCCACGAGCCUACAAAAGCUGCUGCCACCAUUAUCUCGGGGACUCUCAGGCCUGACUGGACGCAGUCAACUCCAGCCCUGGCUUCUCCAGUGGCCACUGUCGUCUGAGAGGACAACUCCGGGUUCUGUGCACAAUAAACCCCUCAUUCUGGUGCUUUCUGACUUCUCCUUACAACCUGGGAUUUGGCUUGAUAAUUGUAGCGCUCAGAGCACUUAUUCUCUCUGCUGUGCCGCUACAUCGUCUGGGGAGAAUACAUAGUCCUAGAGCAGGAACUCGGUGCCGCGCGAAUGCUCCUACAAAUGGGGAAGUGGAAGUAUUUCAUAAAUCUUACAGGCCAGGAAUUGCCCCUGAAGACGAACUUGGAAUUAGUUCUGGCAUUAAAAAUGCUAGAUGGCUCCAGCACCAUUGACCCCACUUUUAAACACUGCAAAAAACACCGGAUACCGAGACUUAGACCGUCACUUGCAGUAAGUGGUGGGACCUGUAAGUCAGCUUAUUUCAUGGUGUCUUCAACCAAAUCAUGCACUCUGACGCAUCUGCUAGCAGACCUGAUAGCACCUGUAACGUGCUGUCUAUGCGCUCCAGAGUUUUGCCUGGACAGUAUUUUUCUUGCUCUGGUUGUUCUUAAUCACAGUUAGUAGGUAGUCGGAAUGGGGAAUUACUGUGAUGCAGACACCGCAAGGGACUGCAGGAAAUAGCGCUGUUAUGGCUAAUGACGGGCGGAAACACGUUUGUACGCUGUUGCUGAAAGCGAAUGAUGUAAGGUUUUAAAAUCAGCGUUGCGGUCUUUGGUUAGUCCGGCUUUAAGAAAGCCGAACGAAAACAGGUGAGUCCUCAUUGCGUAUUCAGCUAAAGACAGCCUGAACUCGGACUAUUCAGGUGUUUAGACAAAUGGCAAGACGUAUUGUAGGACAGCGCGUUGUAAAUGGCCGAAGCUGGUCCGUUUAAUCUUAAAUCAGUUAGUCAGACCCCAGUCCCAAAUGUAGCCUAUUAUAUCUGUCUGGAAGAAGUGACUAAGAUGUAAUUGCCAUCUAGUUUGCCAGACCAGGCGGAUAUAGAACGACGUAAACGUUUGUCAGCUUUAUUGAUGACUUUCACUUUGAAGCUGAAGACAGAACCAAAUAUUGCCUUUUGUCCAAUCUUAUGCUCAACUUUAAUCGAAAAAGAAGGUAAACGUUUGUAGAUAAGUUGAUGCUUAUCGCAUUACUUAAGUGCAAAUAUACACACAACCUAAAUCGGCAUUGUGCCUACUAUAAAACAUACUCCCCAAUUUCAGAUGUUCACAUGGUUAGCAGCUCAUGUGCCGCGUAGUGUGCCUAUGGACCCUUCGAAGUCUGUAUGGAGAGGCUUCCUGGUAUUCAUACACAAUGGGCAACAGUGAAGAAUCUGAACGUAGGAUGGCAUGGCUUUAAUCGGCGUAGAAGUCCCCUUGCCUACGCAGGACGGCAUCUGACAAGGAAGUCAGUAGUAAGCAUGAAGAUAAGGCGUGAACAGAAACUGCAGGUCUCAACAUUUGGCUGCUAACCGAAGUAAUAGGAUAAAAUAAAAGUAAAGUGAUUGAACGAGACAUUGCCAACGGCAUGGAAGAAGAGACAAGGGCCGCUUUCCUGCAGCCUAUAGGGUGACGAACAAAGGACUACGAAGCUCAUUAACACUCGCAGACAGAGAUGAACAAAGACACCUGUCAGAGUGCUUAACAGUAGGUGUCAGUAACAACGCUCACGGAGAAAAUCAGCCUAACCGUUUUUUGUAACCUUGUAAUGCAGGCUGAUAUCAGACUGGAUGAAUGAUUGGCCACACCCUGGACCCUCUGGUCUACCAGAGUGCCUAUGGUCAGCAGAUUCUUUCAUGUUCGGUUGCAAUACCUGCACGGCCUGAACAAAGUACAUACUUGUACACAGGAUCGACUUGUUUUGCCUGCCGUUGCAAAUGACGAUGUCUGGCAGUUUUGAGUAAAUCGGUGUCACCUUGUUAAUCACUAGGACUUUUUCAUCGGACUUCAUGCAGUGAUCGAAAUCCACAAAUGCAUGUGAGGAUGUAGCUGUUAUCGUUGUCAGUUUCACAGUUAUUCAGUCAUGGGUCGGUCGAUAGCGAUCGGUUGUCAACUGUCUAAAUGUAUGUUUGCAUAGAAUAAGCAGCAUAACGACUACGACGGCCGCUCGUCAGCUGUAUAUGCUGAGGUCAGGACUGACAGCGAUCUACAGCGGUCUACAGCUAUCCCUUCUCAGAUGUUUGAGGCUGCGAUAGUGUAGAUGAAGCAGCACACCGACUGCAGGUCAGAUGAAACAACAAUUGUGUCUGGCUAGUACCUACUCAAAUAGCUACAGUAAGUAUUCUUUCUAGGCAACAGAUAUUUGGGGGGCCCCUCCCGAUUGUUACCUGCGGUGGAUGCUGUGCAAGUCGGACCGUCGGUACGCAGGUAAUGGAUGUUUGAAAUAUGUGCAAACAUGGGCUUACUGUGAGGUAUUGGUACUCAAUCGACAUACCUGGUCAUUUGCAGUAUGGACCAGGGUAUGUGGAGGGGAGCGCUGAGGUGCGGGCUCGACCGUGCCAUUCAUAUACGCCCUAACUGACUCCGUUCUUUUUGACUCUGACGUGACACCGAGUCAAGGUGUGGAGUAGGAAUAGAGAAUGCGAGGGAUGCUGUGCAAGUCCAUUUUCAUGCACAAGUCAUCGUCUCUGCUCUCACCCUGUUGUGGGGCACACGGUGGACACAGUCCAGAUCGACAGUCGGUAUGCAUUGUCAUGUAUCUUACUGUCUGACAUGAAUAUGCAAGUAGAUCCUGCUUUUGCCUGCCAUAAUUGCCGUUGUAGGAAAAGAAGGUGAGGCCGUGUUGGAGGCUGACAAAGCUGAUUUGCCUUAUGCAGACAUAUUCGACGAUGUGGACUUUGUUAAAUCUGGCAUUAACUUCAGGGCGUUGGUGACCCAGUGGGAAGAAAUGGACCCAUGGGUAAACAUUGUUUCCAUCCGGUUCUGAUGACCGUACUUGGUAGAUAACCUGUGAUUAACUGGGCACAGAUUAAAGCGGCCGUAGGACGGUCCUCAAAAAGACACGCCGACUCAGUAGGUGGCGACUUAGAGUCUUUACGCAAGAGUAUCUUGGAUAUUUUUCAAUAAAGCCUUUAUCAUCGAUAUUUAAGGCCAUUAAAUGCUUCUGCACAAAUAACAGCUAACGAGUGGAGUUCGAUUUGCUCAAGAGCUAAGGACAGACACAUGUACCAACAGCGUAAACAAACUGGGCCUGUACUUCUGUCCUUCAACUGUAAUCCAGUUAGACAGCUCUGCAUGUCUCGAAUCACUGGGUAGGGGGACUCUUGUAGGAAUUGAAUUUUAACAUCACUGAGGGAAGAGAUCACGCAUGCGGGGCAAAGUUUUGCAUUUAAAAACUGAUAUUGACGCCGUCUCAAAUAGAGUCCACACAGGCCUCGGGACGACGCCCACACCCACCUCAUCCAUAUCCAUUUCCUUGUCCGACUCCUCGAGGACGGAAGCGGAAACAUCGGAUAUACAAACGGCUGCAGGUAUCCUUUCUCAUCCCUUCCCACUUGACUCAUUUCCAUCAGGAAUUCAAAAUAUCACGGUGGGUGUUCUGAGUAGAUUCUAAUUCUUUCUUCAUUUAUCAAGCUGUCGGCACCAAAGUCGACUUAAAUGAUGACAAACCUAAAUAAUGUCCCAAGGAGCUUCCACUUCAACUUUUAGCUAGGCGAAGCAUUCCAUCAAAUAGAAUUGUAAGAUACCUAACUGUAAUAGUUUGGUCAUGACCUAUGAAGGACACCAGGCCAUACCUCCUCAAAUCGUAAAAUAUUCGCGCCGAUUUGGUCUUGAUUGGAUGACAGGCAUGAAAAUGUGCUCUUUGAUAAUUGACAACGACAGACAGGCCAUCUCACGUAGAGGAGCAUGCUAUUCAGGUCAGGGGUAUGGUUUUUGCGAAGACCCACCAGUUGUGUAAAUUUGUGUGUGCGUGUGUGUGUGUCCUCCGAACGGGCCACGUUGGAGAUGCGCUGGAUGAACACAGGGCCUUUUCGGAUUCUGGCAGACGUCAUCGGAUUGCGCAAAUGUCAACGUUUCGGGUCGCGGUGGCAGACCCGCUUGCUUGUAGACGCUGCACACACUGGGACCCCUGCCGAUCCCCUACCCUUUGUUUUUGCGGUUGGUCAAAAACCUGGUCAUUUGCAGUAUAGACCGGGGGGUGUGGAGGGGAACGCUGAGGCGCUGGCUCGAUCAUGCCAUUCACCUGCACCCUAACCGCCUUCGGUCUUCCUGACUCGUGACACCCGGUCCAGGUGGGGAGAGAGAGAGUGCGGUUGAUGCUGUGCAAGUCUAUAUUCAGAAUAAACUAAAUCAUGCACAAGUUGUCGUCCCUGCUCUCACCUUGUUUUGGAGCACACAGUUGACGCAGUCGAAAUCGACAGUCGGUAUGCAUUGUCAUGUAUGUUACUGUCUGACAUGAAUAUGCAAGUAGUACCUGCUUUUGCCCGCCAUAACUGCCGUUGUAGGAAAGAAGAAUGAAGCCUUGUUGGAGGCCGGCGAAGCUGAUUCGCCUUAUGCAACCAUCCUGGAGGAUGUGGCUGGAAUUAACUUCAGGGCCUUGGUGGACCAAUGGAAUAAAAAUGGACUCAUGGGUGAGUAUUGUUUCCAUCCUGUUCAACUGACUGUAAUUGAUAGGUAACCUGUGAUUUAAUGGGCACAGAUUGAAACAACAGCAGGAUGGUCUUAAAAUUGACACACCGCCUCAGGAGGUGGUGAGUUAGAGUGUCCUUGUUCGAGAGGAAUCUGGAUAAUUUUCCCCUGAGACUAUUGUAAUUUACAUUCAGGGGCCUGCAAGUACUAUUUCAAAAAUAACUGCCAAUGUGUUUACUUCGAUUUACUCAAGAGCUAAGGACUAACGCAUGCAACAACAGCGUAAACAAACUGGGCCUGUCCUUCUAUCAUUCAACUACAAUCCAGUUAGCCAGUUCUGCAUUACUAGAAUCACUGAGUGGGGGGAAUCUUGUAGGAAUGGAAUUUUAACAUCACUGAGGGAGGAGAUCACACAUGCGGGACAAUGUUUUGCUUUUAGAAACUGAUAUUGACGCCGUCUCAAAUAGAAUCCCCACAGGCCUCGGGACGACGCCCACACCCACCUCAUCCAUGUCCAUUUCCUUGUCCGACUCCUCGAGGACGGAAGCGGAAACUUCGGAUAUACAAACACCUGCAGGUAUCCUUUCUCAACCCUUCCCACUUGACUCAUUUCCACCAGGAAUUCAAAAUAUCACAGUGGUUGUUCUGAGUAUAUUCCAAUUCUUUCUCGAAAUUAUCAGGCUAUCGACACCAAAGUCGACUUGAAUGAUGACAAAAGCGAAAUAAUGUCCCAAGGGGCUGCCAGUUCUACGUUUAGCUAGGCGAAGCAUUCCAUCGAAUAGAAUUGUAAGAUACCUAAAUGUGAUAGUUUGGCCAUGACCUAUGAAGGACACUAGGCCAUGUCUGCUCAAAUCGUCAGAGAUUUUUCCCGAUUUGGUCUUGAUUGGAUGACAGGCAUGAAAAAGUACGAUUUGUAAAUAAAAAGACAUGAUUGAAUCACCGUGUGAUUACCUUAGCUUUCGUUAUGGUUCUGACUUAGUAUAUGGCACGGAUGAGCCUAUGGCCUCUGUUGAUACUGCGUAGCCUAAGUGAGACUCGGGCCAUAUUUACUCCAUUCGUAGGUGCUUUUGAAUGUUAUAAACACUCAGUUAAUCAUCUACAGGUAAAAACUUCGGCUGCCUCGUUCGAAGGCCGGUUGCUCAAUUGUUUAGGUCGUCGGUUGUGCUGAUGCUUUGCUCAUGCUUUAGCGGAUGUGAAUCUCACAGAUGUGUCGAUUCUUUCAAAAAUGCAUGAUCACUGAGGGGAUUGAUAAGACGUGCUGGAUAAUGUUUUGCAUUUAGAGACUGAAAUUGAGGCUGCUGUUAUUUCAUUUCACACAGGCCUCCGUUCCACACUCACCCCGACGUCUUCUGUGUCUAUUUCCAUGAGCGAUGCCUCGAAGACCGAAGCAGGGACAUCUGAAAUCCACACAGCUGCAGGUAUUCUUUCUCAUCCCUUCCCGUCGGACUCAUUUAAAUUGGGAAUUCAGGGGAUUCAAGUGGGUGAUUGGGGUGGAUUCUAAUUAGCACGUGAUUUUCGAGUCUGCAUGUAUUUUGGAUGUGGUAUCUUAUGAAAUACUUGCAGGAUAUUGGAAGUGCCAUUUCGAUUCGAAGGAUAACGCGACUAGGCUUGUCAUGCUGCCGUUGCAUGCUGGAUAUACACAGAGAUGCACCAGUUUCGCCGUUGUAUGGCAGAAUUAUUUGGAAGUUGAGUAGUCAACUGUUUUUUCCAGCAACCUGAGAGGAGGCCAGUUGUCUCCUUUACGGACGUCCCGAUGUCAUGACAAUUUUUCCGCAAAAGGCUCCUCAAUAGGUACCGAGGAAUGCUGACCGAUAGCGGAGUGUGAGACUGUUUGCUCAGGCGUUCUGAAGAGGAUGAUGAUACCGGCCAUUGCUUGGGCAAUGUUUUGAAGAGGAUUUUCAAAAUGGUGUUUACUAAUGAGAAACAGCAGGACUAAGGGUUUCUGCAAAAAGCCAGAGCAUUCAGCCACCUGUGCGGAAUGCUUCUUGCCUAUUUAUUCUUUGUAGCCAGCGAAUGCAACAACGGUGAGGCAACGCAUGCUUCCCCGCCAUCACUGAAUUCGUCAUCAGCGAUAGGCUAUUACUGGUAAAUUCAACGACAGGUAGUCAUCCCCGCCCCGUUGAGUAGUCCUCUCAAUGCAAACGCAGGGGUGAAGAAGAACGCGGUCCUUGAGGUGGAGUCCACGUCUACAUCCUCGGCGCCUCUAUACUUAUUUGGUUCUUCGGAAACGGAGGCAUCGGACUUAGAUGUUCAUGGCUUUGCAGGUACUAUCCAUCUUCCAUCCCCACUGGACUAA